AUGUCCGGCACGUCGACUGCUCAGACACUUCCCUUGUAUGAUUCCGACUUGUACGAAUUCGUACCCAAGACCUCAUUGAUUACUUCUACUGUAGUCGAGAGCGACCCCGGUCUUCGUCUCUCUCCGACAAAGUACCCCUGGCCAUAUGGCUUCAAUGCCGCGGUAUCUAAAAUUCUCAAUGAAGCUAACAUUCCGGCCUUCAUUUGGGGAGAUCUCCUGAAUAAUUGGAGGGGAAAUCCUCACAUGCCGCACACCUGUGGAUUUGUCGUACCCGCAUACGAUUUCGAAAGAGCAGUCGAAGCGAUUUCCGGCGCAGGUCUACCUAUGUGCACCUGCGAGGAUUUCUUGCACGUAUCCGAAUCCGGCUCUCCGAUAUCGCUUCCUGUCCACUUUGUCGUCCCACAGGAAUAUGUACCCGUCUUGCUGUUUUUGUGUCCCAGUGAUUUACUUCUCGAUCUCCUCCCUAUCACCCCCGCUCACCCAAACCCGGCCUCUCUCUACUUUGAUCGUAUCAAACUGCCUUUUACUAACAGCGCCGUUUUUCUUCAUGACGAUCCGACAGCUUCAUCGUCUGAAGACUAUCAGGUUGUAUGUGCACUGACGGCGUCCAGCCUCAUAAAGGCGUGGCUCUUGCUUGAUGCGCUGUCUCCGCCCAAUCGCAGAGGAAUUUCCUAUACUUAUGCAUUCCUUCUCCACAUCAUGGCCGUCGAUGUUUCUCCUGGCCAACACGACUUUCACUCAAAGUCCCUUCAAGCGUUGUGGCAACAAGUAUAUCUGAAUUCAAAUUGCGAGACGACCAAGCGGGAAGAACUCAUCGGCCAAGUUCGAUUGGAAUGGGGAGAUCGGAUCCCACAUAGAUGCUAG